AUGUGCUUCAACCAAUACUUAGCUGUGAGUGAGUGGGUUUUAUGCGGUAGCGCUGCACAGAAGACUCAAUGGUCAGAUUUCUUCACGAAGUCCUACAAAGAAAAAUUUGAUGUUCUUCGUGUCACACGCGGAAGGAGAAACCAUUGCACGCGAUCGAGACAAGUGGAGGAAUUACUGGCUUCCGUUCGACCAGUUCUAAAAACAAUGGGUGUCAGGGAAUGGAAUGAUGAUAGAGAUGCACUGCAGUACCCUCCUGCGGAAGGGCGGUACUCUGUUUACGAUGGAAACGGGAUUUUCGAACAUCUCGCCUUCAUAAUUAAUUCGUACUAUUCUCUGCAAACUGACUCGUUCGCCUCCUUCAGUUAUGACACUCAAAGAGCUCCAAGGAACGGUUCCGCAUUGGAAGACCCGUCGCUUACAGCUGGUAUAGAAUUCAAAAACAUACCAUUCAUUCAGGUUUGCGUGGACAGGAUCAAUAGUGUUACAAUAAACAAUAACACUUAUGAAUUUGAUAUUACUGAUGUCCAUGAGUGUAUGCAUCUGAACUUAACUUCUGAUGAAGUCAAACAGAUCGAGCAAGAUGUCGGGGAGGUGGUUCAUGCAUUUGAAAAGAGAGGUGUUACAUUUAAGUCGGAAGAUGCUCUAAUCAUCUCCAAGGCUUCCAUGAACUUUAAGCUGCGAACUAUUCAUUUCAGUCCUAAAUCUGGGGACCAGAAGCCGGAGUGUUAUAAAAUUUCUGUGUCCAUUGUAUUCGAUAAUUCACACCACACAGGACAGGUUCAUGUUGGUCUAUCUACUCUCAUCUCUUAUGUGAACGUGUGCAACGGGAGGGUUAUAAAAGGAGUCGGACUUGGGAUAGAUACAUUGAUCAUAGGCAUUACCGACGUAAUUGUUCUGCUGCUUUGCUUAUUUUCGUUGGUACUCUGCUUCAGAGCCCUCAUCAAAGCCCAUUUACUGAAGGACAAAGCCAUAGACUACUUUGAAAACCAAUUCAAAAUAAAACUUUCGAUUUCUGACCAAUUGGAGUUCUUGAAUCUAUGGUAUGUCAUGAUUGUUGUUAAUGACGUUCUUAUUGUAGUUGGGACCAUCAGCAAGAUUUCUAUUGAAUUCCGAGAUUUCGAUAACUCCGUUUUCACCCUCACAGGGAUAUUGCUUGGGACGGGAGCUUUGCUAGUGUACGUCGGCGUACUGCGAUACUUUGGCUUUUUCAAUCAGUAUAAUAUCCUUAUUCUCACUAUGAAAAAAUCAAUCCCGAAUAUGCUGCGAUUCAUGUCAUGCGCCAUCGUGUUGUAUGUCGGAUUUCUGAUUGCGGGCUGGGUAAUUAUUGGCCCAUACAGCAUGAAGUUCCGAACUUUGGGCGAGUCUUCGGAGGCUCUUUUUUCCUUAAUGAACGGAGAUGACAUGUUCGCAACAUUUUAUACUAUAAACGAUUCGAAUACUACUAUAAAGGUAUUCGGGACAGUGUACAUAUAUUGCUUCGUAUCUAUGUUUAUUUAUGUUGUGUUGUCAUUGUUCAUUGCAAUAAUUAUGGAUGCAUACGAGGUUGUUAAGGAUCGCUAUUCAUACGGUCUUUCAAUGGAGAGCUCUUUACUCAAAGACUUUGUGGCUUCGGCUCCGUCCCUUGCUGAUAUGAACUCGCCAACGGCACAGGCACAAUUCGCUCCACAGGCGCUUCUGAAUCUCGGGGUUGGCAGCGACUCGAGUAGCGUUCGAGCUCUCAAUUUGAUCGACCGCAUGCGGGACUGGGUGUGCACCCUGCGUGGUAGUUCCAGGUUUGAGUCAUUUUCGAACCCACUCAAUGAUCAAGUAGAUCCCAGAAGUGGCAACGUUGACUUAUCCACUCAGCAAGUAUAA